UCCCGCCUCGUUAGCUCGCAACUGAGCAAAAAGAAGAAUAAAAAAUACAUUUGCGAUAAGUGUCUACAUUAUUUCAAUUCAAGUGAAAAGUUGGAGGUCCACACCGUCGACUGUGGGGAGAUGAAUAAAUGCACGAUCAGGUUACCGAGCGAAGACGACAAGUGGCUGAAUUUUAAUAACUACAGCAGGAACGUGGACAAGGACGUGAACAAGGAACGUGUCCCGUUUAUCGUGUACACCGAUCUGAAAUGUAUCCUGAAAAAAAUGGAGAGAGAUCCGGAAACACCGAGCUACAAAUAUCAGCAUCAUCAAGUAUUCAGUAUAGGUUAUUACAUUGCUUGUAUAAUGACGCGUUAUCGACGUAUCAGUUUCGUCGCGAUACAGAUUGCGUUGCAUGGUUCGCCGAUGAACUCAGAUGUUUAG